UACGUAAGACUUGUCUAAUGCAAAACAACAUGGCAGCGCCCAUGAGUAAACAAAAUUUCUGAAUUUUCGUUGAAUUGCAGCUCUUUAUUAUAUCUACAUAAAAUGUUCAUACCGGUAGACAAUAAGGAUGCAAACUCGACUUUGUUUGAAGGAUAUACUUUAAUUGUGCCUGCUGUGUCAGUGGGAAAUGUUGGACAGUUAGCAGCUGACUUGUUGAUUUCCACCAUGUGGUUGGAGAGAUGUGGCUUUAUCUAUCACGACAGCAUUCUGCCACUGGUUGGAAAUGAUCCAUUUGCACACCCAGAAGCAGAUGUCUGCAAAGUUGUAACUUCAUGUGAAGUUUACCACAGUAAACUUCAUCAGAUGGUGGUCAUUCAGCAGAGAGCUCCUUUUGUUAAGGGAAGGAUGCCUAGUUUCCGACACUGGCUAACAAGUUGGAUAAAGGAAAACAAGUUUGAGAAAGUUGUCAUACUUAGUAGUAUGCAUGCACAUGAGCGACUUGAUGUUCAGCUACAGGGGUCCCAAUUCAGAUAUGUUGCAACCCCUGAUUUAGAGGCCCAACACAAAGAGAGAUUUUCACAUGAAGCUUUACAGUGGACAACCCUGGAACAGAGACCGACUUUGUCCGAGUCCGGAAAUACAGAGAACUCUGUUUACUUACCUGGAGGGGGCAUCGCCAGAUCUUUGUUUGAACAAUGUUUAAAUGAAGACAUACCUACCAUCAUUCUUCUUGUAUUUUGUGCUGAAGGUGACAAUGCACAGGAUGCUGUAAAACUGGCCUACAAUUUGAACUUGUGGCUUGAUCUGAUUGAUUUCAAGGCCAAAUAUGAUUUAGAUGGAAAGACCAUUAUAAAGCCUGCCACCACAUGGAAAAUUCCAUCGUCAUGGAGACUUUUGUUUGGGACUGCUGUGGAUCAAACUCUUUUUCACUGAAUCUCUGGACAGAUGUGUACAAAUGUUUUUCCCCUGUUAUUUAAAGACAAUUUCAUGCCCUAUACAUUCACCACAAAUAUCCAUCCUGUGCUCAUCUUGGUCAGUGAUUAAACAUACUUCAAACAUGAAUGUUAAAGCAAGCAAUGUGACAGAAUUUGAAUGAUGGUAGACUAUAGUUGUUGAACCCUCAUGAACAUCUCCCUUGUUACGUUUGCUAUGCUGUACAUUUCACAAUCUCCCUCACCAAUAUGGAAGCGUGUCAAUUUUCUUGUUCAUGCGAUUUUAAAAAAAAAAUGUAAAUUAUUA